CUGUAUAAUGAAUCAAAAUAUUCAUGAAUGAAUUGAUUAAUUUUUUAUUUGACUUUAUCAUUCAAUAUUUAUUGCACUUACAUCUUAACUGCGCGUUUUGUUGCUAGUUUGAAUAAAGAGGUCCGGCGUUUAACAUUUUGGUCUUAUUCUAAAAUAGGACUUUAAAAUUCUAGUCGAUCAGCGUUUCAGUCAUAAUGAAUAGCAAAGUCUUACCAACGGUGCUACGGCAAAAAUUACCACCCAACCUAGAGAAAAUAAGAAACGGGCAUUACACCAAAUCUGACUAUGAUUAUCCUAUACACCUUUAUCUGAAACCAAACGAUAUUACGGUUGAACAAGAAGGAAGCGAAAUUGUAGAAUAUUUGAGAGGAAAAAAUGUGUUAGUUACUGGUGCAACUGGAUUUCUUGGAAAACUACUUAUAGAAAAACUCCUAAGAUCAUGUAAAGAUAUUGGCAAAAUAUAUGUCAUAAUACGGACCAAAAAGGGCAAAGAUUCGCAAACCAGGACCAAUGAAUUUUUAAAUAAUUGGGUAUUUUACAAAUUAUCAGAAAUUUUCCCGGACUACAAGAAGAAAGUAGUGGGACUUAGUGGAGACUUUGAGCUUGAUGGCUUAGGCCUAUCUGAAGAAUCAAAAGAACUUAUAGCUAAUGAGGUACAGUUGAUCUAUCAUGGUGCGGCAACUAUCCGUUUUGAUGAAAAUCUGAAAAAGGCUGUGAAAAUCAAUAUUAUAGGGACUCAAGAAAUGAUUAACAUUGCAAAACAGUGUAAGAAUUUAGAAGCAUUUAUUCAUUUUAGCACAGCGUUCUCCAACUGUCAUGAGAGUCAUAUUAGAGAGGACUUUUAUCCACCGCAUAUGGACCCUUAUAAAUUAAUAAAGGUCACUGAAAACUUAUCCGCUGAGGUUAUUGAUAAGAUAACACCUGGAUUAUUGGGUUCAGCCCCAAAUACUUAUGCAUUUACAAAGCAAAUAGCAGAAGAUGUAGUGAGACAAGAAGCCAUUGGAUUACCUGCUUGCAUUCAUAGACCAUCUAUCGUUAUAGCUUGUGCAAGAGAACCAAUCCGAUCAUGGGUUGACAACAUCUUUGGACCUGUUGGUCUUGUUCAAGGAGCGGCCAUGGGUCUGCUGCAUAUAAUGCGGGGGAAUCCCAAUGGAAGAUGUGAUAUGGUACCAGUCGAUUAUGUCAUUAACAGUUGCAUUGCCACGUCAUAUCAAGUAGCAAAAGAAAGGAAUUUAAGUAAAGUGCCAAUAUUCAACUAUACUACUUCAAAUGACAAUCCUUUACUUUGGAGAGGUCUAAGUAUGAACAGCGAGCAGGGCGUAAAAGUGGGUUCCACUAUCCUUCUGGCAAAGGCCUUCUUUAGGUUUACCAAAUGCCUUUACUGGUUUUACUUUCUAAAUUUCUUAUUGCACACCAUUCCUGCUUUUAUUGCUGACCAUGUUGCAGUAUUGCUAGGAAAAAAACCACUAUUAGGAAAAGCUUACUCAAAAAUCAACAAAUUCAUGUCAGUACUGUCCCACUUCACCUGUAAUCAAUGGACCUAUGAGUACAACAAUACUGUUGAGUCAUGGCAAAAUUUAAAUAAUAUUGACAAGCGUAACUUUCCAUUUGACAUGAGUACUAUUGACUGGCAGGAUUAUUUUGACACAUAUUUGGUCGCGAUGAGGGAGUUUUUAGUAAAAGAGCCUUUGGACAACCUUGAGGCUGGUCGACGGUGGCUGAAGAUAAUAAAUACCACCCACUACGCAGUAUUUACCCUUCUAACUGUGUUUUCUGCGUAUUAUUUAUUAAAUACUAUAUUUUUUUUUAUUCCUGUAUGUAUAAUAUCGGUUGAAUUAUAUUAUUUAUUUACUAAUGACAGAUAGAAUGAAAAUGUAUUUAGUGUAUUUAAAUAAAUAAUGUAAAGAUGUU